AUGGAAAAAAAGUACGAGCGUCUUUCUACAACUCGCAAGACUAAACCAGUGGUCGAGGACAAUACUCUUGACAAGCGAGAACGAGUCGUUCGCGAGAAAUUAGCACGUUUUGCCCGCAUUCCCGGGUCUACCAUCUUCGCCCUCGAGCCUAACGCAAGCCCAGCGGGACUAUCGGGCGAAGCGGCCCGCUUGGCCCUGGAAAGGCAUGGUCCCAAUAUAUUCGCAACAGAGCGCGCUCCUCGGGUCAUAGCUCUAUUCCUGGGGGCUCUGUUCAACCCGUUCAAUGUGAUUCUUCUGGUACUGGCGAUUGUUAACAUUGCGACGGGCGAUAAGGCCACCUUCACAGUCAUGGUAGUCAUGGUUAUGGCGUCAACGGGUUUACGAUUCUGGCAGGAAUUGAAGUCGGUAUCGCAAGCUGCCAAGCUCCUCAAUUCCAUAACCACUCGGGUUCGGGUCCUCCGCUCUAAUGAAGAGGUUGAGCUUGACCGAAAAGAAGUCGUACCAGGGGAUGUAGUCCUUCUUUCUAGUGGAGACGUCUUUCCUGGCGAUUGUGUUCUCUUUUCCGCAGAGGGUUUGACUGUCGCGCAAGCCUCGUUGACAGGCGAAUUGAUGCCUGUUGAGAAGACUGUUCGGCUUGGUCUUCCACCGCCGGAGUACGAGUUCAACAUCAUUGACAACGAGAACAUCUGCCUUGCGAGCACAUCUGUCGCUACGGGUAGCGGACGCGCCAUGGUCAUUUCGACAGGUGACGAGACCUACAUGGCUUCGAUCGCCAAGGAUUUGGCUAAGAAGAGGGCCCCUAACAUUAUGCAGGUUGGUGUUAGGAGGGUCAGCUAUCUCUUGUUGGCUUUCAUGGGAGUAAUGGUACCCAUUGUCUUUGUAAUUCAAGGCGGUAUCAGUAAGGACUGGAAGGGCGCUGGCUUCUUCGCCAUCUCUGUUGCGGUUGGUAUCACACCUGAAAUGCUUCCCAUGGUUGUGGCCGCCAAUUUGGCACUCUCGGCCGUGCGAGUGGCACGUAAAAAAGUGAUUGUCAAACGUUUUGACGCGAUUCAAAGCCUUGGCGCUGUCAACAUCCUCUGCUCAGACAAGACGGGCACUCUGACAAUCGACCUCAUCCGAGUAUCUGGUUCGACUACCGGUUCUGGGGAUCCUUCGGAUCUGCCCCUUAAGCUAGCCUACCUGAACGCUGCAUUGCAAACUGGAACCAGGGGUCCCAUCGAUCGCGCCAUCAUUGACUUCUUCAAAAACGUACCUGUCAAGUCUGCUGAGGACGACGGUAGUGAAGUCGAAGAUGAUGUCAAAAUCGAGGAGUGGAACAAAUUGGCCGAGGUCCCUUUUGAUUCUACACGUCGCCUGCUCUCAGUUCUCGUCUUCCACUCCCAAGCGGGAAUUGACGAGAAGGGGCUGUUGGUCACCAAAGGAGCAGUCGAGGAAGUACUUGACCGCUGCUCUCAAAUGUACGACCAUGCCUCGUCUUCCUCCUCUCUGUCUGAGCCGACCAAGUUGGACGACUUCAAGCCCAACAAGGCCUCGCCGCUCACCGUCGACGCUCGACAGCGGAUCCUCGGCACGGCUGAGAGGCUCAACGGAGAAGGACUUCGACUUGUGGCUGUGGCUUGUAAAUCGUCGGUUGCCCUGCCUUUUAUGACGUUAAACACCGAUGACGAGACCGACCUUGUCUUCAUCGGACUUGUUGGCUUUUUGGAUCCUUUGAAAUCCGAUGCUUCUGAGGCAAUCGAUAGGCUUGCUAAGCUGGGCGUCCAGGUCCGAAUCCUCACUGGCGACGCUCCAGCCGUUGCUGCCAAAGUCGCCCGAGAUCUUGGUAUCCUUCCUUCCAAGUCUUCCUCCCCCGAUCACCUCAGCAUCCCAGAGGACGAGAAAGAUUUGAUGAUCACGGGAUCACAGCUGGCCGCACUCUCCACUGAUCAAGCCGCAUUUGAUGCGGCUCUGGAACGGUGCAUUAUUUUCGCAAAGGUCUCGCCUCAUCAGAAACUUCAAGUCGUGGAAGGGUUACGUAGUGGUGGAGGGGGCCGAGUUGUCGCAUUUUUAGGCGACGGGGUUAACGACGCUUUGGCGAUUCGCGCGGCUGACGUCGGGAUUUCUGUGGAUUCGGGAACCGAGAUCGCCAAGGAGGCAGCCGAUGUUAUUCUGUUGGAAAAAAGUCUUGAUGUCAUUGCCCAUGGUGUUUUGCAAGGCAGACAAACGUUCAUCAAUACAAUUAAGUACAUCAAGAUGGCCACCUCAUCCAACUUUGGCAAUGUCUUUUCUGUCCUCGCGUGGUUGCCUUACCAGCCAAUUCAACCCCUUCAGCUUCUCUUCCAAAACUUGCUGUAUGAUUUCUCCCAGGCUACAAUUCCCUGGGAUAACGUCGACCCGGAAUAUCUCGCCGCUCCAACCACUUGGAAUGCCAGGUCAAUUGCACGCUUCAUGAUUUUUUUGGGCCCAACUUCCAGCGUAUUCGAUAUCUGCACCUUCCUUAUCAAUUGGUACCGAUUCGGAAUCCGAGACCAGCAUUCUCCCCUGGUUUCCCUUGCCCAGACUAAUUGGUUUUUGGAGGGUGCCAUAACUCAGCUCUUCAUUAUCCAUUUCCUCCGAACAGGAAAAAUUCCCUUUAUCCAAUCACGAGCGUCUGUCUCCGUUGUAGCCCUCACUACUUUGGUCAGUGGCAUAGUAUUCGCCAUUCCUUACAUUCCCAAGCUCAGUGCCGCACUGGGGAUGACGCGUCCUAAACCCGAGUUCUAUGGCUUCUUGGUGGUCAUGGUUACGGGCUAUGCGAUUUUGGUCCAUAUCGUGAAGGUAAUCUAUCAGCGUAUGUUCAAGGAAUGGCUUUAG